AUGGCCAGUCCAUUUGAUUUUUCAAGCGAGCUUGUAGAUUCUCGAAGGAAGACCGCGAAGGUGGAGGAGAUUGGGCUGAGAGAGGAAAAUCUGGCAGGCGUUGACGCAUAUGCGUCGGAUCUCCACCUCCGAGAGCUUGACCUUUUUUCCCCUUUCCCGUCGAGCAGCCGUCGGAUUAUGUUGUCCAGUACGACCUUGUCCAUCAUCCCCUCCAUCGUCAUCAUCUUUAGUGUUUUGUCGGAAGCGUUUGACAGUUUUUUCCGAGUAGAACGUGGUAGUUUAGUCUUGGCCAUUGAAGAGUGUUCGGGAAAUAGGGCAAAAGAAAUGGAGGUUUUUGCAGAUAGAGAGAUGGUGAACGUGGGCGGUGACUUGUCAAAUCUUGGCAUCCCGCUCAAGACUCAAUAUUCACGUGAAUCCACGAUUGAGGAGCUUCCGAUCGUGAGUCGUUAA